AUGAACAAAACUAGUACUCUAAUAUUGCUUGCUUUAGCUCUCGCACUAGUAGUCAGUGUUGAGGUCAAUAAGAAUCUUGCCUAGGCUGAAGCUUCAGUUGGCUAAGAGGAGGAAUUAUCUUCUUAAGAAGAAUAGGCCUAUUACUCUGGCGGAAGACUUAACAUUAACUAUCUUUACAACCAAUGGCGAGCAAGAAUUCUGAGAUAUAUCAGAUAUAAUGGACUUUAUCUUGGUAACAGAUGGGUCAUCCGUGAGGAAGGUACUGGAAGUUACGAAGCACUUGUCUUUAGAGAUUAUAGAUCUGGUGGUGACAAGAGAUAUGCAAUGUUCAAGAACCUAUAUGUUGACCUUUAUUGA